UAUGUGUGUUCUCUUCGCCUUUUCGCUGCGCCCGCUCGCUUUCGGCAAGCAAACUAGGCUUAUCGGGCCAAAAACUGACACCCUUUCAGCUGCGAUAUGCAUGCACUUGGAAUACACAUAUCUACGAGUUUGCAUUACGUGUGGAAAAUUAGUGUGAUAAAAAUUUAAACAAGGGAAAACCGUUGGGAGCGAACUUUCUCAGUGAAAGUGGCGAGCGUAUGCCUGUGUGUUGGUUGGCCUCUCGGUGGCUUAUAAGUGGAGCGCACUCGCUGCUGUGAACUAUUUUCGUUUUCUCCUAGUUUUCUCUGAUGCAUUUUAACCGUCAGAUGCAAUUCUCGGUGUCCGUAUCAGUUCAUUGAAAAAUCAAUAAAAUCAUCAUAUACACACAUACGCUGCACAUGCUGGACGGGGUGCAUUGGGCGAUGCUGACGAAGGAAUAGCAAAAAACAGCAAGAAACAAGGAGUUUGUUUUCUUUGCAUGAGGUGAUAAUCGUGAUAACAAACAAGCAGGGGCACGAACAUCUCUCCGCCCUGCGCGCCUGGAUAUUUUCCCAAACCAUCGAACCGCAGCGGCCAGCUGAACAGGUCAAACCACACCUCCUCACAGACAGGUCAAACUACACCACCACCGACAGAAAAGUCGGGAUCGUCCACAGGCAUCGUUCAUCGAAGCGUACCAUUCGAGCGUCAAAGCUAGAAGAAGCAAAACGAACGAUUCCGUAUCCUUCGUAACGUAGUGAGUGUGUAAAGGCUUUGCUACAAUGAAACCGUAUGAUAAUGGCACCUUUGCUUCCCGACACAUUGUGUCCGAAUGGGAGGACAACGUGGUGUUCGAUGCGGACGAUCCCGACUUUUCUGUCGGUGGUGGUGGCGUUGGUCCACCAACUGCGAAUAUGCUGAUGCGCUCAACGGCCGGAUCGCAACAGAUUGUGCGGCAACUGGCAGCCUCGAAUCUAACUCGCUCAGUUACGACCUACUACGGGCUAAACUCGACCUCGGUUGUGUCGAAUUUAAACCAGCUAAUGAAGGUUUCUUCAAGUACAAAGCUAUCAGCAAUCAGUAACAGCAGCAUGUCGGUGGCCAGCGUACAAGCACCCCAUCUGGCGGAUUUGUGCAGCUCUCUGAGUCGUACUAGUUUAAGUAUGUCGUCGUCGCUGUCGGAUCUGGUCGGCAGCCCCUCCCUCGGUGCCGUGUUCGAUUUCCACUCGUCGGAUGCGGUGCUGACGAUCGAGGAGCUGCGGGAGCAGCUCGGCUCGUGCUACACUUGUGGCGUCUCCUGGACCGAGGAUCAGGUGUCGCUCGAUUGCACAGAGUGCGGCGGUUACAGCCUAGAGCGACCGUGCCUCAUCUGCGAAGGUAUCUGCGGUCAACUGUGGAAGCGUGAUUUUACCAUGAGCCAUGCUUGCGGUAAAUCACGCUGGCAGGGUGUGUGCACCAAGUUCCCGGCACAGAUGAUUCAGUUGCAGUCAUCCGCACCGCUGAGCAGUUGCGCCAGCUUCGGUAGCCACCACCAGCUUACAGGUUGUGCCGCUGCGGCGGCAGCCAACAAUGGUGCAAGCACUGCAAGUCAGCAGCAUUUCCUGCAGCAAGAACUGUGCGCCCGGCUCGAGAAGCUUUCCGCUAAUGCGCAUUCGUAGAGCGUCUGCUGCGCAAUCCGUCACCGGCGCAACGGUUCCGGGUGCAUGUUUUUUUAAGUUUAUGUAGAGAAUGUGGAAGAAGACGAGCACCAACUGCUGCACGAGAUAGCAGGCCUCAGGCGGUAGUAACCUAUAUGCAUGCGGUCUCGUUGCGCAACCCAAUUAGGAAGCGUGAUGUUUCCAGCAUAACGGAGAAAGAGAUGGAGUAUUUUAUCUGCUUACCGGGCAUAUGAGUUCCUACUGAUAUUGAGUAUCAACCGGCAGGAGCAGGGAGUAAAACCUCUCUCAAAGACGCGCUAUAGAGUCUACAUGAUUAUGAUAGCAUUUGAUACGUAUACCGUAUCCUUCUUGCUUUUGAGCGAUUUCCUCUUUUUCUUCCGGCCGAAUAUUACAAUCGGACGAUUAAGAUUUCACAGCAGAUAGCAGAUUAUUUUCCCCGAAUAUACAGGGCAUCAGGUGUAGUACAGGAUUUCAAAAUUAGUACAAUCUUAGUGUUCCCCAUCUUUUUAAACCAUGUGAUAGAACCAUUCGCUCAAAAUCGACCAUUGAAAUCCGAAGUCCGUAGCAAAACAAUAUCAAAAGAGGAGAUCAGAUCAGAUAGUCUAUCAUACGAUCGUACGUUAUUUAGCUUAAUAAGAGGAGAAUGUUUUUCUGUGAAAAACAUGACAUUUAUUAAAAUUUCGCCUAGGAUAGGGGAAGCAGAACAAUAGUGUGUAAUGUAUGCAAUUUAGAAGAUGGCAAAAGGUGUGCAUACAACUCUGAGGCAACUCUGAGCAACAUUAUAUAAUUUAAAAGAAAAAGAAAAUACAAGUGAAAAGAAUUAACAAUAUUCGUUAGAAUUGUUCUUUUCACUGCAAAAUUUUGAUAUUAUAUCCCUUGCACGUUGGGUUACCGUGAUAUGCCACCGUCUACUAAGGCCACCAAACCAGAAGCUGGAGUAUGCUAAAGAGAGCAUAGAUUUUGUUUUUUAUUUGCAGCUUAUUGUCUAUUUACAUCAUUUUAUGCUAGUAGCUUAACUAGGCGUAAGGUGUUCUUUAGUCGGAUAAAACCAUAUUCGUAUGAAUGAUAUAAAUUGUUUUGUAUUUCUUUGUGGUUUGA